AUGACUGUCUCGGCUGGAACCUCAUCCUUUGUGGAAGAAUGGGCAAAGGCCCAGAAAGUCCGGGGCCCUGACUUGAAGAAUGGUGCAAUCUUCUACAAGAAUCUUGAAGAGGAACUUGACGCCAACAGAGCUCAACAAGCAUGCGCCAUGUUCCACACGAACAAUGCCACUGUUGACUUUUCCUCUUGCGACGUCGUCUCCCUCGGCGUUUCGGGGGUUGUCAAGCAAGCUUUUCUUGAGGAGCUCAAGGCCAAUCCAGACUUUCAGCUGGGUGCUUCUGGUACUCGACCUCUCAAUGGAAACUCAACCUACCUUGAGACAGUUGAGAGAGAAAUUGCACAGUUUCAUGGUGUCGAGUCAGCACUCUUCCUCGGCUCUGGUGCCUUGGCUAAUGAAGCAAUCUUCACUGCCCUUGCUCGCCCUGGCGAUGCAAUUGUCUAUGAUGAGCUCGUCCACGCAAGCAUCCACAACGGCAUGAAGAACAGCCUUGCGUUAUGCCAGAAACCGUUUCGACACAACGAUGUGAAUGAUUUCGUGGAAACCCUCAUGGCAGUCAAAGAGUCCCAGCCCCAGAUCAAAAACGGUCAGAGAUCUAUUGUCAUUGCCGUUGAGUCCUUUUACAGCAUGGAUGGAGACGCGUCCCCACUCAAAGAGCUCGUGCAGGCCGCCAAGGAGAUCUUCCCCGGGGGUAAUGCGCAGUUUGUAGUGGAUGAGGCCCAUAGCUCUGGCUGCUUUGGCCCACAAGGCAAAGGCUACGUUAGCAUGCUUGGUCUAGAGAAUGAGAUUGCCGUGCAGAACCAAAACUACGGUAAAGCGUUCUGCGGUUCUGGUGCCACUAUCCUCUCCAACGCCACGGUUCGGAGGAUGCUGAUCAACCACGCCAAGCCGGUCCUGUACUCAACCUCGCCUCCCAACCUUAUUGUGGCUUCUACACGGGCUGCAUACAGGUUAAUGAGGGCUGGAAAGACUCAAGCGGCUCAGGACAAAGUCCAACAUCUCGUGAAGCUAUUUCUUGAGGAGAUCACUGAAAACCCUAUAUGGGACAAGGCUAAUGAUGCUGGCUUUCUUCGGAUUCCUCUGUACGAGCAAGACGACUGGGAUGCUUUGCCAUUUGUCAGUCAGAUCUGUCCUGUCUGGACCAAGCCUAAGCAUAACCUCUACCUCGCCAUACAUCUGCAACUGGCAGGGUUCCAAGUCUAUCCGAUCAGCUUCCCUAUUGUUCCAAAGGGAACAGACCGGAUCAGGCUGGUUUUCCACGGCCACAAUACAGAGGAGGAUGUCGAAAACCUUGCCGCAUCGAUUUGCAGCUGGGCCAAAGAAACAAUGGAAUGUGAGGCAUACAAUCGACGAAAUGGAUCCAGUGGCCAGAUGAAAUUGUGCUCUGCGGCUCUUCAUGCUCAGAAUCUUGCUGCAAAGGAGUCCAUGAAUGGGUCGACUUAG